UCCAUGCCUACUCUCUCUUCAGAUAAAGAGGAACUCUUUCAGAAUGUACUGACGCGAGCAGCAGAGCAGUUUUCAAAGGCAUUCAAAAUCAACAAGCUGAAGACUGAGGUCACCAACCGUCUCACAAUGUUGGAAAAGAGAGUAGAGCUGGAGGGGAUGAAGGUGAUGGAGAUUGAGAAGUGUCGCAAUGACAUCAAGAAGCUCCGUGAGGAGAUCGCAUCCAGAAACAACAGUAAUUUUUUGGAUGACAACAAGAAGCGGAGUCCUUGCAUUCCCUCUGACCCCAAAUGCCAUCUGUCUAAGGAGACAAUGGAAGCUCUUACAUUGCCUACGUUUGAUGCUUGGCAGUGGGAGCCCAAUGAGAUGCUGAGCUGUCUGGAACAUAUGUACCAUGACCUGGGCUUGGUCAGAGACUUUAAUAUAAAUCCCAUCACACUGAAAAGAUGGCUGCUGUGUAUCCAUGACAACUACAGGAAUAACCCCUACCACAACUUCCGCCACUGUUUCUGUGUCACCCAGAUGAUGUACAGCAUGAUCUGCCUCUGCAGCCUUCAGGAGAAGUUUACUCAGAUGGAGAUUCUGGCUCUCAUGACAGCUGCUGUGUGUCAUGACCUCGAUCAUCCUGGAUUCAACAACAUGUAUCAGAUCAACGCUAGAACGGAGAUGGCCCUUCGCUACAAUGAUAUUUCUCCUCUGGAGAACCACCACUGUGCUGUGGCCUUCCAGAUUUUCUCCCAGCCUGAUUGCAACAUAUUCUUCAACUUUGACCCUGAGGCCUUUAAACAGAUACGACAGGAAACUAUCACAUUGAUCCUGGCCACAGACAUGGCACGCCACAGUGAGAUCCUAAAAACCUUCAAGCAGAAAGUUGACAACUUUGACUACACAAAUAAGGAGCAUGUUGCCUGCCUGAAGAUGGUACUUAUCAAAUGUUGUGACAUCUCCAAUGAAGUGCGGCCCAUGGAGGUGGCUGAGCCUUGGGUCGAUUGCCUGCUGGAGGAGUACUUCAUGCAGAGUGACAGGGAGAAGGCUGAGGGACUUCCUGUGGCUCCGUUCAUGGACAGAGAAAAGGUCACCAAGUCAACAGCCCAGACUGGCUUCAUCAAAUUCGUCCUCCUCCCCAUGUUUGAGACUGUGAUGAAGCUGUUCCCACAGAUUGAGGAGGUGAUGGUAAAGCCACUCAGAGAGUCAAGAGACCGGUACGAAGAGCUCAAACAGACUGAUGAUGCCGUGAACGAGGUGCAAAAAAAGAAAAGUGAGAAUUUAACAAUGGAUGGUGAGAAGUGAAAAGUUCUGAAAAGGACCAGUGAGCACAGAGCACAAGUACAGUGGAAUAAUGAGAUGUGUUGUUCCACUGGGAGCUGUAAGACCUUCCAUCACCCUGUCCACUCCUCACAUGGAGCAGCAUGAAGGGUGUUGUCGUUUCCAGUGUGCCACAGGAAGAUGAUGGCCGAUGUUUAAGAGCAGCUUCUUAAGCUGCUACAGGACUUGAGGACCAGAGGGACUCUGAAUUGAGUGGUUUUAGCUGAAUGCUAGCAUUCGAAUACCACAGACUACUUCAGUGAACAAUAUUUAGAUAUAAUUUGUGUAUUGUGUUU